AUGAAUGGCUCCGAUCUUUAUCGAAAAAUCAGUUACGGAGACACUUUCGAUUCUGUGUGUAAUCGACUUUCAUGUCAUGCUAAACACUGUUGGCCUCAUUGGUGAGUAUGUUAAGAGCAAUGAAUUGAUCACGUGUCCACACAAUCUUGCAUGACGAGAUUAAUCACCCUUGCUCGAUAUAGCGUGAAUCACAACAGAGAAAUGCCAGCUAUCGCAAAGAGCAAACCAGCUCAAUGAGUACGUUUGGGGUUGUCAAAAACCCGGCGUACAGCCCAAGUCCGAACACAGUCCGCAGGGACCCUUUGGUAAGAGCGGCCGAGAAGGUCCUGGAGGAGAAUCGGCAUGGACACAGGAAUCCUACAGAGUCCCUAAGCAGCCUACCGGGUCAGGCUUCUGGCCGGGGCCUUCUGUGGUGCUUUGUGGGGUUCGCGACGUUAGCAGCGGUGACGACACUUGUGCUGGAACUUCUUAUGAUUUUUAGUAUUUUAGGACCCGGAUGUACAUGUACAGAGCAAGUACCUCAAGAACAGUUCCAGUAUUCCCAGAGGAGUCUACAACAGCAGAUAUAUGACCUCAACAAAACCUUGACGGCAAAGGAAGCGAACCUCCAAGGAGUGCUGGACAAUACGAUCAAGAAAUUGUAUGAGGCUCAAAACGAAUUUAAGGCUGCAGAUAAGAACAUCAGUGAAGAAAUCCAAGCAUUGAGAAACAAGGACAACGAAACGAAAGAAGCAAUCGAUAGUCUACAAGCGAGUUUUACACGAGCCAUCCAAGAAACAAGGGCAGGCUACGAAGCAAACGACACUACGAUAACUAAAAGCUUGAAUGAGCUGGGAACAAAACAACAAAAUGAUGUGACAGAACUUCAAAGCGCUUUAAAUGAUACAAAGACAGAUGUUCAGAUCAAUAGCGUAAAACACGAAAAAGAUGUACUAGAACUUUGGAAGGAAACUAACAACACAAAGACAGAUGUCCAGGCACACAAGGUCAAACAAAACAAGGAUGUGCUAGACCUGUGGACUGCGACUAACAACACAAAGACAGAUGUCCAGGCACACAAGGUCAAGCACGACAAGGAUGUACUAGACCUGUGGAAAGCGACUAACAACACAAAGACAGAUGUCCAGGAACACAAGGUCAAGCACGACAAGGAUGUACUAGACCUGUGGACUGCGACUAACAACACAAAGACGGAUUUCCAGGCACACAAGGUCAAGCACGACGAGGAUGUACUAGACCUGUGGACUGCGACUAACAACACAAAGACAGAUGUCCAGGCAUACAAGGUCAAGCACGACCAGGAUGUACUAGACCUGUGGACUGCGACUAACAACACAAAGACAGAUGUCCAGGCACACAAGGUCAAGCACGACAAGGAUGUACUAGACCUGUGGACAGCAACUAACAACACAAAGACAGAUGUUCAGGCACACAAGGUCAAGCACGACCAGGAUGUACUAGACCUGUGGACUGCGACUAACAACACAAAGACAGAUGUCCAGGCACACAAGGUCAAGCACGACCAGGAUGUACUAGACCUGUGGACAGCAACUAACAACACAAAGAUAGAUGUCCAGGCACACAAGGUCAAGCACGACCAGGAUGUACUAGACCUGUGGACAGCAACUAACAACACAAAGACAGAUGUCCAGGCACACAAGGUCAAGCACGACCAGGAUGUACUAGACCUGUGGACAGCAACUAACAACACAAAGACAGAUGUCCAGGCACACAAGGUCAAGCACGACCAGGAUGUACUAGACCUGUGGACUGCGACUAACAACACAAAGACAGAUGUCCAGGCACACAAGGUCAAGCACGACAAGGAUGUACUAGACCUGUGGACAGCAACUAACAACACAAAGACAGAUGUCCAGGCACACAAAGUCAAACACGACCAGGAUGUGCUAGACCUGUGGACCGCGACUAACAACACAAAGAUAGAUCUCCAGGCACACAAAGUCAAACACGACCAGGAUGUACUAGACCUGUGGACUGCGACUAACAACACAAAGACAGAUGUCCAGGCACACAAGGUCAAACACGACCAGGAUGUGCUAGACCUGUGGACUGCGACUAACAACACAAAGUCAGAUGUCCAGGCACACAAAGUCAAACACGACCAGGAUGUACUAGACCUGUGGACUGCCACUAACAACACAAAGACAGAUGUCCAGGCACACAAGGUCAAACACGACCAGGAUGUACUAGACCUGUGGACUGCGACUAACAACACAAAGACAGAUGUCCAGGCACACAAGAUGAGACACGACCAGGAUGUACUAGACCUUUGGACUGCGACUAACAACACAAAGACAGAUGUCCAGGCACACAAGGUCAAACACGACCAAGAUGUAACAGAUUUGUGGGCUGCCAUCAAUAACACAAAGACAGAUGUCCAGGCACACAAGGUCAAACACGAUAAGGAUGUACUAGACCUGUGGACUGCGACUAACAACACAAAGACGGAUGUCCAGGCACACAAGGUCAAGCACGACAAGGAUGUACUAGAACUUUGGAAGGAAACUAACAACACAAAGACAGAUGUCCAGGCACACAAGGUCAAACAGAACAAGGAUGUGCUAGACCUGUGGACUGCGACUAACAACACAAAGGCAGAUGUCCAGGCACAAAAAGUCAAACACGAUAAGGAUGUACUAGACCUGUGGACUGCGACUAACAAUACAAAGACAGAUGUCCAGGCACACAAAGUCAAACACGAGAAGGAUGUACUAGACCUGUGGACUGCGACUAACAAUACAAAGACGGAUGUCCAGGAACACAAGGUCAAGCACGACAAGGAUGUACUAGACUUGUGGACUGCGACUAACAAUACAAAGACAGAUGUCCAGGCACACAAGGUCAAACACGACAAGGAUGUACUAGACCUGUGGACUGCGACUAAUAACACAAAGACGGAUGUCCAGGCACACAAGGUCAAGCACGACAAGGAUGUACUAGACCUGUGGACUGCAACAAACAACACAAAGAUAGAUGUCCAGGCACACAAGGUCAAACAGAACAAGGAUGUGCUAGACCUGUGGACUGCGACUAACAACACAAAGACAGAUGUCCAGGCACAAAAAGUCAAACACGAUAAGGAUGUACUAGACCUGUGGACUGCGACUAACAAUACAAAGACAGAUGUCCAGGCACACAAAGUCAAACACGAGAAGGAUGUACUAGACCUGUGGACUGCGACUAACAAUACAAAGACGGAUGUCCAGGAACACAAGGUCAAGCACGACAAGGAUGUACUAGACUUGUGGACUGCGACUAACAAUACAAAGACAGAUGUCCAGGCACACAAGGUCAAACACGACAAGAAUGUACUAGACCUGUGGACUGCGACUAAUAACACAAAGACGGAUGUCCAGGCACACAAGGUCAAGCACGACAAGGAUGUACUAGACCUGUGGACUGCAACAAACAACACAAAGAUAGAUGUCCAGGCACACAAGGUCAAGCACGACCAGGAUGUACUAGACCUGUGGACAGCAACAAACAACACAAAGAUAGAUGUCCAGGCACACAAGGUCAAGCACGACCAGGAUGUACUAGACCUGUGGACUGCGACUAACAAUACAAAGACAGAUGUCCAGGCACACAAAGUCAAACACGAUAAGGAUGUACUAGACCUGUGGACUGCGACUAACAAUACAAAGACGGAUGUCCAGGAACACAAGGUCAAGCACGACAAGGAUGUACUAGACUUGUGGACUGCGACUAACAAUACAAAGACAGAUGUCCAGGCACACAAGGUCAAACACGACAAGAAUGUACUAGACCUGUGGACUGCGACUAAUAACACAAAGACGGAUGUCCAGGCACACAAGGUCAAGCACGACAAGGAUGUACUAGACCUGUGGACUGCAACAAACAACACAAAGAUAGAUGUCCAGGCACACAAGGUCAAGCACGACCAGGAUGUACUAGACCUGUGGACAGCAACAAACAACACAAAGAUAGAUGUCCAGGCACACAAGGUCAAGCACGACCAGGAUGUACUAGACCUGUGGACUGCGACUAACAAUACAAAGACAGAUGUCCAGGCACACAAAGUCAAACACGAUAAGGAUGUACUAGACCUGUGGACUGCGACUAACAACACAAAGACGGAUGUCCAGGCACACAAGGUCAAGCACGACAAGGAUGUACUAGACCUGUGGACUGCGACUAACAAUACAAUGACAGAUGUCCAGGCACACACGGUCAAACACGACAAGGAUGUACUAGACCUGUGGACUGCGACUAAUAACACAAAGACAGAUGUCCAGGCACACAAGGUCAAACACGACAAGGAUGUACUAGACAUGUGGACUGCGACUAACAACACAAAGACGGAUGUCCAGGCACAUAAGGUCAAGCACGACAAGGAUGUACUAGAACUUUGGAAGGAAACUAACAACACAAAGACGGAUGUCCAGGCACAAAAAGUCAAACACGAUAAGGAUGUACUAGACCUGUGGACUGCGACUAACAAGACAAAGACAGAUGUCCAGGCACACAAAGUCAAGCACGACAAGGACGUACUAGACCUGUGGACUGCGACUAACAAUACAAAGACAGAUGUCCAGGCACACAAGGUCAAACACGACAAGGAUGUACUAGACCUGUGGACUGCGACUAAUAACACAAAGACAGAUGUCCAGGCACACAAGAUGAAACACGACCAGGAUGUACUAGACCUGUGGACUGCGACUAAUAACACAAAGACAGAUGUCCAGGCACACAAGGUCAAGCACGACCAGGAUGUACUAGACCUGUGGACUGCAACAAACAACACAAAGAUAGAUGUCCAGGCACACAAGGUCAAGCACGACCAGGAUGUACUAGACCUGUGGACAGCAACAAACAACACAAAGAUAGAUGUCCAGGCACACAAGGUCAAGCACAACCAGGAUGUACUAGACCUGUGGACUGCGACUAACAAUACAAAGACAGAUGUCCAGGCACACAAAGUCAAACACGAUAAGGAUGUACUAGACCUGUGGACUGCGACUAACAACACAAAGACGGAUGUCCAGGCACACAAGGUCAAGCACGACAAGGAUGUACUAGACCUGUGGACUGCGACUAACAAUACAAUGACAGAUGUCCAGGCACACAAGGUCAAACACGACAAGGAUGUACUAGACCUGUGGACUGCGACUAAUAACACAAAGACAGAUGUCCAGGCACACAAGAUGAAACACGACCAGGAUGUACUAGACCUGUGGACUGCGACUAACAACACAAAGACGGAUGUCCAGGCACAUAAGGUCAAGCACGACAAGGAUGUACUAGAACUUUGGAAGGAAACUAACAACACAAAGACGGAUGUCCAGGCACAAAAAGUCAAACACGAUAAGGAUGUACUAGACCUGUGGACUGCGACUAACAACACAAAGACAGAUGUCCAAGCACACAAAGUCAAGCACGACAAGGAUGUACUAGACCUGUGGACUGCGACUAACAAUACAAAGACAGAUGUCCAGGCACACAAGGUCAAACACGACAAGGAUGUACUAGACCUGUGGACUGCGACUAAUAACACAAAGACAGAUGUCCAGGCACACAAGAUGAAACACGACCAGGAUGUACUAGACCUGUGGACUGCGACUAAUAACACAAAGACAGAUGUCCAGGCACACAAGGUCAAGCACGACCAGGAUGUACUAGACCUGUGGACUGCAACAAACAACACAAAGAUAGAUGUCCAGGCACACAAGGUCAAGCACGACCAGGAUGUACUAGACCUGUGGACAGCAACAAACAACACAAAGAUAGAUGUCCAGGCACACAAGGUCAAGCACGACCAGGAUGUACUAGACCUGUGGACUGCGACUAACAAUACAAAGACAGAUGUCCAGGCACACAAAGUCAAACACGAUAAGGAUGUACUAGACCUGUGGACUGCGACUAACAACACAAAGACGGAUGUCCAGGCACACAAGGUCAAGCACGACAAGGAUGUACUAGACCUGUGGACUGCGACUAACAAUACAAUGACAGAUGUCAAGGCACACAAGGUCAAACACGACAAGGAUGUACUAGACCUGUGGACUGCGACUAAUAACACAAAGACAGAUGUCCAGGCACACAAGGUCAAGCACGACCAGGAUGUAUUAUACCUGUGGACUGCAACUAAUAACACAAAGACAGAUGUCCAGGCACACAAGGUCAAACACGACAAGGAUGUACUAGACCUGUGGACUGCGACUAACAACACAAAGACAGAUGUCCAGGCACACAAGGUCAAACACGACAAGGAUGUACUAGACCUGUGGACUGCGACUAACAACACAAAGACAGAUGUCCAGGCACACAAGGUCAAACACGACAAGGAUGUACUAGACCUGUGGACUGCGACUAACAAUACAAAGACAGCUGUCCAGGCACACAAAGUCAAACACUAUGAGGAUGUACUAGACCUGUGGACUGCGACUAACAACACAAAGACGGAUGUCCAGGCACAUAAGGUCAAGCACGACAAGGAUGUACUAGAACUUUGGAAGGAAACUAACAACACAAAGACGGAUGUCCAGGCACAAAAAGUCAAACACGAUAAGGAUGUACUAGACCUGUGGACUGCGACUAACAACACAAAGACAGAUGUCCAGGCACACAAGGUCAAGCACGACAAGGAUGUACUAGACCUGUGGACUGCGACUAACAACACAAAGACCGAUGUCCAGGCACACAAAGUCAAGCACGACAAGGAUGUACUAGACCUAUGGACUGCGACUAACAACACAAAGACAGAUGUCCAGGCACACAAGAUGAAACACGACCAGGAUGUACUAGACCUGUGGACUGCGACUAACAACACAAAGACAGAUGUCCAGGCACACAAGGUCAAACACGACAAGGAUGUACUAGACCUAUGGACUGCGACUAACAACACAAAGACAGAUGUCCAGGCACACAAGGUCAAGCACGACCAGGAUGUAUUAUACCUGUGGACUGCGACUAACAACACAAAGACAGAUGUCCAGGCACACAAGGUCAAGCACGACCAGGAUGUAUUAUACCUGUGGACUGCGACUAAUAACACAAAGACAGAUGUCCAGGCACACAAGGUCAAACACGACAAGGAUGUACUAGACCUGUGGACUGCGACUAACAACACAAAGACAGAUGUCCAGGCACACAAGGUCAAACACGACAAGGAUGUACUAGACCUGUGGACAGCAACUAACAACACAAAGACAGAUGUCCAGGCACACAAAGCCAAGCACGACCAGGAUGUACUUGACCUGUGGACUGCGACUAACAACACAAAGACAGAUGUCCAGGCACACAAGGUCAAGCACGACAAGGAUGUACUUGACCUGUGGACUGCGACUAACAACACAAAGACAGAUGUCCAGGCACACAAGGUCAAGCACGACCAGGAUGUAACAGAUUUGUGGGCUGCCAUCAAUAACACAAAGACAGAUGUCCAGGCGCAAGUCGUCAAGCAUGACCAAGAUGUAUCAAACUUGUGGAUUACGACAAAUUCCACCAAGUCAGAUGUUGCAGAGUGCAAGUCGGAGGUGGGCUCCCUGUGGAGUACUCUGAACACGACGCGAGAUGAGCUCAGUUCAGAGGUUGCGAGGGCAAUACUACUCGACACGAAGUUGAACCAGACAUCUUCUGAGUUACGUCUUGCUGAUAACACGAUAGAGGUGACAGUCUUAAACAUCAACAGCACUUUGUCCGCAAAGGUGAAAAUUGUGUACAAGUAUCCUAUAUAUUAUUUAAUCUUUUGCAUCAAGUGGUUGGAUGCAUACGUCUGGCUGAUUGUCUUAUUCAUGUCGACCGCUGCCUACGUUUUUACCUUUUUUUCUUUUCUAAAAGAUUGACGCGGUGUCCAAGAUGGAGGGACCUAUGGGACCUCGGGGGUACAACGGGUCACAAGGCCCCAAAGGAGACCAGGGCGUACAAGGUCCUGUUGGACCUCAAGGGUACAAUGGAACUCAAGGGUCUAAAGGUGACCAAGGUGUUGGCGACCUGUCAGCCUGUGUUUUUAAAAUUGCCACGGGUAUUGGUUCAAUCGGAGUUGGCGCAAGUGCUUCUGUGUCAAUAAUGGAGGCUGCGG